ACAGAGCGGGAAGUUCUCAAGUAGACGGUACUUUAAGGUCCUCUUGUGUUAUGAUGGUUUCUCAGAAUUAGGUGAAAAUACUAAAGUGACUACAUGGAAAACCUGAGUCCAACUUCUGUAUUCUGCUGUACCUAUAAAUUUUAUUUACAAGAUACAAAUCAGCCGUAUAUUAAAUGUCCAGUUCCUCCAUGUAAUAUCAUAAGUUAUACAGCUUUCCUCCAGAAAUGAACCAAACUCCCCAAGAACGUCUGGAUGCUCUUCUUAAGUCUGCUGAAGAUUUCACUAUCAUUCAGAAUAUAGACAUUUCCCACUAUGCACGGUUUAUCCGGUCGAUGUUUCGCUUAUCUGUCCAGUUCUCAGAAGCAGGCCAAAAAGAAAGAGCGUACAUAUUGUCCAUAAGAGCUGUUUUGUGUAUCCGAGAGCUACCUAACCAUAAUGGUUACCAGAGACUGGAUCCACGUGUUCAAAACGAACUCAAAAGUCUUGGUAAAUUACUUCCAAAAUCUGCUGAGUUCUUGAAGGAUGAUUUGAAAAAGAAGUACACAGAGGAAUAUGAGCUGUAUAAAAAGUCACUUAGUAUAACUGAAUGGAAAGUGAAUACUAAUGGACCAGUGAUACCCUUUCUUGAUCAUAGUUCAAAGCCGUAUGAUGACUAUCCAGUUGAUCCCAACUCUUAUAGACUCUCUUUGUCUAACUUAUCUUCAGUCAACGGAACGUUAUAUCCUGCUUUUAAUAAAGCCUUCAACUAUACUCUGGAUGAGCUCCCAAAAUCUUUGUACAGUAACUACGCAGGAAAUUAUGGUUUGACGAAAACAUAUUUAUCCAGACAUCUGAUAAGUGACUUUUUGAACCUAGCUAGUAAAAAUACUAAAGGAAAUCGAGAAACUUGUGGGACCUUGUGUGGGAAAUUAAUUAGUGGCAAUUUUUAUAUUACAAACCUUCUAAUUCCGAAGCAAAGCGGUACUCCAGACUCUUGUGUUACAUAUAAAGAAGAGGAAAUAUUUGAGUACUUAGACAGGAGGCAGCUGAUCACAUUGGGUUGGAUUCAUACACAUCCUACUCAAACUGCUUUCUUAUCGGCUGUUGAUCUACACUGUCAGCUUUCUUAUCAGACUAUGCUUCCGGAAGCGAUUGCAAUUGUAUGCGCUCCUAAGUUCGAUGAUAUUAAAUGUUUUUCAUUAACUCCUGAUCACGGCAUUUCAUUCCUGUCAAAAUGUAAAAAGACGGGUUUCCAUCCACAUGCCACAGAUCUUCCAUUAUAUGAACAAAGUCAACAUGUAAUAUUUGACGAUACUGUUGAACAUUCUUCUGAUGAUCUCCGAUAAUCUGAAAGUCCACAAUGUUUGUACACAAACAUGUUUUCAAGUAUACUUAUAUGCUUUCAGCAGAAGGGAAAAUAUAUUGAUUUACUUAAUCAACAUUUGAUAAUCAAAUUUCACGAUAACUGUUAAUCUAUAUGAUGAUAUAAUCAAUGAAAUAACGUUAUGUUAUAUAAAAUUACAAAUUUUACAAUGGGAAACAUAUGAUACACAUAACGUUCAAGUUUCGUAACGAAAUCAUAUGACUGAAACAAUGAAUUUCUCAUAUGUAUAAUCAUAGAUAGAUCUGUUGUGGAAACACACUCGUGAUAAUCAAUAAAACUUAAAGUACAUAUAAACAACAAAUGGUUAUAUUCUUUAAGAGAACUCAUUUAUUUUCUAUCUAAUAUACAUCCACUAGUUAGCAUUUACACAUGAUUUUGAAUCUAUGAUUUCAAACAUAAAAAACUAAAAUAAUGAAACCAUCAAUGAAGAUAAAUCAGUAUUUCGCUUAUGGAAUAAUAAUUAGGUGGAACAAUGUAAACUAUUUUAAUGAUAUUCACUUUUUAAUUAAAUAGUUUCUAAUAUAUUCUUAGAUAUAGACAAUUACCUUCAAACAAACAAACAAACAAAACUUAUUGUUUAUUACUAAAUGAAAUUCAUAUUUAAUAUAGAAUACAAAUAAAAAAUAAACUGGUUUAACUAUUUAUUGAUUUGAUUGGAUAUUGAUUAAAAAAAUUUAUUUUAUAAAAACAUAACUAUAAUACAACACAUAAAUAAAUAUCGACAAGUGUAUAUGAAAAGUUUAAUAUAAACGUUUAGUCUUAAUUAAUGCUGUUCUACAUGUUGACAAACAAAUAUAUAUAAAUAUGGACAAAGACACUAUAAACAGUAAAUAAAAUUAAAAUAUGAAAUUUAAUAAAAUUUAUUUAUUGUCUGUGCUACAUAAACAAUAAAGUUGUGAAUAAAUAAAUUUCUAUAAUGUGGUAAAUGCACAUAGUUAUAGUAUUGUCAUAUUUAAAAUAAGAAACUACCCACAUCAUUUUAAGAAUCUAUACAGAAAAAGAUACCAAUAAUUAUCAUAUUAAGUCUAAUGGUGUCCUUGGACUUUAAAUGGACAUUCUCUAUUGGUCAAUAUUUAUUUCACUUGUUAAAUAUUGUACAAAUGUUGUUCUCUAUUUUAUGGUACGAUGUGGUCUGUCUGAUUGGUAUAUAAACAGAGUAUGUUUGAAAUAUAAUGAUUCAUAUCUCAG